CGGAUAAUCAGGAUCUUAAAAAUCGCAUCUACAAAAACUGACCCACUACCUCUUCUAAAAACCCUUCCUCUUCUACAUAGUUGCUCUUUUUUCUCCGACUGCUUCCAUCAACCACUACCUACGAUCUACUUCCAUCUCCUUCUUGAAGACGGAAAACCACCCACCUCCGAUGCAUAAAAAAUGUACCGUCACAAACAUUUAUCGACGCCCUCACCGUCUCCACUCCGGCUUACCCCAUCAACUUUCAUCACUUUCACCUUAAAAUGGUAUCUGAAAAAUGAAAAUGCUUUCAAAAUUUGUCCUAACGUAAUCAGUUCCUUUUCUCUCUCAAUUCUCAAACCUCCGCCGCUUCACUUAUCCACAUCGACUCUUGAUCUUUGCAUCUUCGGCGCCAUCCUCCUACACCUUCACUUAUUUUUCGCUACCCUCCUACACCUCCGGCGCCACUGUCGCAUAAUAGAGGUCACUUCAGGUAAACAUUUGAAGCUGAGUUAUUUGAGCCCAUAUCUAGAGUCAUUGGCACCAAUAAACAUGUGGUUUGACAACCUGGGAAAAGAACCUUUGAUCUUGUUCAUCCAAAAUAAACAAAAGGAGCCCGAUGAUGCAACCAAGGGAAAGGAUGAAUCAAAUCACCUACUACUAUCCUCGGCUUGGAAAAUCCAUAUUUGUGGAAAUGACUCAGUAGAUAGGAGCAACCUCCUGAAGCAAUCGAGAUUAAGACCAAAGGUUGAACACAAGCUGAUGGUCCUAGGAUGCAUGAAUUUAGAAAGAAGAAUCGUGGAAGCUGAGAUGAAAAUAGCACUAGCAAAAAGUCAAGAUUUCCUCAUAAACAACCUGGUUUCUCUUCCACACCAUUUGAAGAGCUUCAAAAAAUAGCAUUGCCUGAAACAAGUAAUGCUGACUUACAGAAGCAACUUCAAGAUCAAGUCAACCUUUAACAUUUGACUAAACAAGCAAAUAAGAAAAGGUCAACAGUUUCUUAUAUUGUGUUUGGAAAAAAUUUAGAAUGGCCUAAUGUAACAACCCGAAGUUAUCCAUCAUCGAAACCCGCUCCGCCCGUAAAAUCCGCCUUUAUCGAUUCGUCCUGUUUUCGUUUUUAGGCUAAGUUAUUUAAACUUAUAAGUUUAUUUUAAUCUCAUGAGUGUUCAAAUCCCUUAGAAAGUCAUGAAAAUGGCCCAAAAUCAUUAAUGUGAAAAUUUCUAAAUUCAAUCCCGCCGGAUUGCGAUAACUUAAUCGGGUGCGACCAAAAGCCCCGUUUAAUGCCGAUAUCGGGUAGAAUUCCACCGUGUCCCAAUCUUG